GUUGUGAAUUUGACGAAUUCCCUACUCCUCGAUAAUAUCAUAUCAUAUCAUUUAACUUAAGCGGAGUAAUACGUUAUCAGGAACUCGUAUUGGCCGUCACAAACGGGCCGAUUUUAAAACGAUGUUUCUUAGAAGAAAUUAUGAUAGGUAGUAGUAAAUAAUAUGUGAAAAUAGUGAAAACAAUUUGUGGUGUCUACGUGCUUCUUACAAUGAUUAAUCUUUUAGGACAAGGUUUUCCAAUAUUUUAUGUAAAUUAGCUAGCAUUAGUCGGAGUGACGUAUCGGGCUUCGAAUGUUUUCGUCACGUGCCGUCGCGAGGAUUGUGUGUACAAAUACAAGUGCGUGAAUGUUGUAGGGUGUUUGAAUCAUUGUCGUCAUUUUCCUUUACUCAUGGCCUUGUAGGCCGGUUAGUGCGACAGUUUCGCGAUGGCUCCCAGACCGCCCGGUCCUCCGCCACCUCCCGGCCCUCCGCCGCCGCCGGGGCCGCCUCCGCCGCCUAGUUUUGGAGGUUCGUCGAAGGGAGGUUCGGGUGAUAACAGGAAUGCCCUGCUUAGUUCUAUUAGGCAAGGGGCAAAGUUGAAAAAGACUGUAACAGUGGAUAAGAGUGGACCAUAUAUACCGGGGAAGGUGUCAGGCUCUGGUGGAAGUGCGCCUCCGGUUGGCAAUGGGGUCAAAAGUGGUGGCAUGCAGAAUGGUGGCAGUGCAGCACCGCCGAUGUUGGGAGGGCUGUUUGCGGGUGGAAUGCCCAAGCUGAGGCCUACUGGCGGCAAAUUUGGUGGUGGAACGACCCCCAACGGCCAAAUCAAGACCGAAGCUCCUCGAUUCCCCCCUCCGCAACCCAAAACCUCACCGGAGCGGAAACCUGGCAAUGUGAACGCGCUUUCAGCGGCGUUGUCAGAGGCCCUGGCCUCUAGAGAUCAGGCUAGGGAUCAGCCUAGGGAUCAGGCCCCGCCGAGGCCGGUGGUGAAGAGACAGCCGAGUGAAGUGCGGGCGCGGGGGCCGCCUCCGCAGCCGCCGGUGCAGAAACAGAUGCCUUUGAGCUCAUCAGACUCGGUGCUAACCGGCGGCGUGGCGGAGCGAGUCCAGAACAUGCAAACGCCAGUCGCCUCCACGCUGCAUCGCAACAAGAGUGCCCUGCAUUCAACCACCCCUGCUGCCCUAGGAGGCAGCAUGUCGUCCCUAACCUCAGCCCCCACAACCCCGACUCCGUGCGCGUCUCUCUCCACCUCCGAUUUAUCCGAGCGGCCCCGGAUAAGCCACGGCAAGCCGAACCUUGCGCCGCGGCCGCCGGCCAACCCCCCGGACCGGCCUAGCCCGCCACCCAAGAAACUUAAUAUCAAUGGUGGGAAAAUGGCUGGAAGAGCGCAGAGUAUGAGGGUCCCCAGAUCACCACCGGUGUCGCCACCGUCGCCGGUCGGGUCGCGGCCGCCGCAGCUACCGCCCGCCAACCCGCCUAUCGGGACCAAGAAUCCGGCUUCACAUUUCGAGUUCUAUCCACGACGAGACGCCAGCGCCGCCGCCGCCGGUGCGCGGGUCGUCGGUGCGGCUGCCCGAGCUGGAGGCGCGCUUCGCCGAGCUGUUCCACGCGCCGCACCGCUUCCCGCCCCCCGACCCCUUCCUGCGCAUCGUCAAGGGCUACUCCAGCGCCACCGCCGCUGCUCGGGGCCCGCUGUCGAGCAAGGCGCCGGCGCCGCCGCCGCCGCUGGGCGUGGGGCUGGCGGGCUGGUCGCACACGUCCAGCGCCUGCUAGCGAGCGCGGGGGGCGCCCGCCCCCCCGUCCGCCACCACCGCGCACCUCGUCCCCGACGCCCACCCCGCGCACGCCUUGCUCUCCGUCGCCCACGCCCUCCUCUGCCCCGCCAACACCCUCGCCGCCAACAAGGACAGGAACCUCCUCCCCAUCGAGGAGGUCACCAUGCCCUCGGAGGACGUCAGCGACCUGCGCGACGUCGUCGACGCCAUCAACAAGCUCUGCGACACGAUGAAGACUUCCAGCUACGACGACGAAACUUUCGACAGCUGCUCGCAAUCCGGCAGCGUCGAUCUGGUCGACGCGCUCGUCACCGAGGAGACUAUCCCCGAGGAGACGGUCCUCGAGGAAGUCGAGAGCGACCCCGAUUGGUACGUAGCCUGUCAGGUGGAGACGGCGGAUCCGAGCGACAUUAUAUUUAAGAAAGUCGAGCAUUACAAUACGAAACGUGGCGGCAGUCUGUCUCUAGGUUAGAGGUGGCCACUCCCGAGGAUGUAGUCGUGAGUUCGACUACGACUUAUACUGCGGAGACUUGGAGAGAUCCGCCGACGGAAGUUCAGAAUACUGAACGAGAUAGAUGGAGUGAGUCGAGGUUAGAGAGUUCAGAAUUGGAACGAAAAACGCACGAUAGGUUAUGUGACAUGACGAAAGAAGCAGCGUGUCAGGAGGAAAUUUUGCAGAAAGCCAAAGCCGAGACGCAAGACAGAUGGAGUGAUCCGUCGUCGAGAUCGGAAAUAGUGAGUCCAGAAUUCGUGCAAAAAGCGAAAGUGGAGACUCAAGACAGAUGGAGUGACCCUUCAUCCAGGUCUGAAAUAGUGAGUCCGGAGAUAGUGGUCAAACACGAAGGUUCAGUAGAGAGAUGGAGUGAUUCUACCAUGUCUUUACCGGGGCAGAUCGAAGAGGAAGUGACUUCUGACGAGCGACCUCACGAAAGUGAGAUGUAUUACACCGCUUCGUCUGAAGUGUCUUUGCUUUCUGACUUGGAGGGGGCAGAUAAAGUACCAGAAGAGCCAGUAGAGAAGGAGGAAGAUAAGAAAGAGAAAGAGUGUGUGAUAGCGGGUCACGUGGCCGCGAUGCGGGAGCGCUUCGAGAGCAUGACGCGGACCAACACGCCGUGCCCCGACCUCAUGCGCUCGGUGUCUCCCGCGCUAGACGUCUUUAGGAACAUUACGCCUUCCCCUGAUCGUUUAGGAUAAAGAGUAGCUACAGAGGCCGUAGGCAAGAUGACACUCGUUGAUUGGAAUCACCUAUCGAAAUGAUCACGUGACUUUUCGUUCGAAACUGUCGCGUUACAGUUUUACUUUUCCAUUGUUGUUGCCAAUAAAUGAUAGAAUCCUGUUUACGGCUUCGGGUUAGGGCAGAGGUAGAUUAGUUAGAUUAAAUCUUGAAUGUUUAGAUUUGAAAUAACCUGAGUAGGUACAGUCAGCCAAAAAAGUGGUUUACCACUUUUCGACCAUAUGUGUUUAAAGAGUCGAAAAGUGCUAAACCACUUUCUUGGCUGACCGUACUUGAGAUGUUAUACUUGAACUGUUGAAAUAAUUCCUUCUGAAAGUCUCUUGUACCUACGUGCGUUUAUAGUAGUUAUUUGUGGUUGUAUUGGUGCAUUUAUUUGUAAGUAUACGUGUAGACUACCUUAGAGGUAGAGGUAGUCAGGGCAAUAAGUUUCAUAUCAAGAUUUAUAUUAUGAUAAGUGUUACUAUUGGUAUAACUAGUCUACCUCUUGUCUUAGGUAUCAUAGACAAGGCACAAGUGCGCAGUUGAAAAAUAUAUCGUACAGAUUUUUACAGCUAACUAAAUGCUACUCUGUCUGCUGAACUGUCAAAUUGUACAUUUGACACUUAAAAAUCUAACAAAAUAUACAGCAACUUCCAACGCCAUCUAGUUGAGUCUUAAACUGUUACACGAUAUAUUAUUCAAAUGUGUACUAUGCAAAGUCUAUGUUAGGUAUAGUUGUGGUGUGAUUCAAUUUUGUAUCCUCUUUUUACGAAAUAACGAGUAUUUAAAAGUAUUGAGAUGCAACCUUUGCUAGUCUUAUACGAUAACACCAAAAGUAACGAAAGUGCCAAGGGUGUUAUACACUUAGUAGGAGGGUUGUGAUUUUUUUCGUAGCUUAUCUUAUGAAUUUGUACGAUUGCAAUAAGUCUUCUGAUAGUCAAAAGUUUGUCGCUAAACUUAGGGUCGUUUUCUGAGCAGUUCUUUGCUCGUGUGCAUUUUAAAAUUUUAAUCCGAAAGUACUAGUACUAGUGACUACAUUUCUCACUGUCAGAAGAUUCAUAGGCGGAGAGGUACAUAUCGGGAAGUUGCUUAGUUUUAGAAAAUGUAAGAGCAACGUUUGUAUUACUACGAAUUCUUAAGCAGUUUAUAUUACCUUCAGUAUAUUUGCACUGCACUGAUGUACCCAGUGAUUAGCGACAUGUAACAGUACUAAUUAAUCUAUUGUGAUCUGGAGAAGCUCAAAUUUUGUAGUUUUUUAAUGAAACUAGCCUUGAACUAUUACGUCAGACCAAUAUAAUGUAACUGCUGAUUAGCUUAGCUUACGCUUUGAACUGAAGAGUUUUAUGAGUAAUAUUCGAGCGUUCACACCUUUGUCAUUAUCCUAGGUGUAUAUUUCCGCACACAGAGCCGUAAGUAGCGUGUAAGAGCAGCGAGUGGCGAGUUCCAAUUGCUCAGGUAGCCGACUGCGUUUUAAAACUAGUUAAAACUUUGAAUGCCGCCCACGUCUCAGGUCUAUAUUGGGCUAUGGCUAUAGCCGCAAGCGCCAGUUCACAUCUUUGGCGGAAAAAGGGCCCAAAGUGACUUAGUAUAGUCCAGAAUGGUUUUUAAAAAUCAGGAUAAUGACAGCGGUUCGAACGCUACAAUAUAAAGGGUGAUGACGUCAGCGCAGGGUCCCGAAGUUGAUUGGCCAGGUCGCCGCCAUUUUAUUCAUAAUCUGCUCUGAUUGGCUGACGAGUUAUGCUUCCCUAUUUACGUAAUCGAUUAUAUACUUAUUAUAUAUAAUUUAUAAAAGUUGCCAUAAAAGUUAAACAUUUGUUGUCAAAUUAUUUUAUAGAAAUCAUUCGGUUACUUUAUGACUUUUUGUCUGUUGUGAAUUUUGUACCAAAUGUUUAUUGGGUGAAACAAUUUAUUUAAUGGUGAUAUUAGUUGUAUACAAUAUGAAAUCUUGUUGUAAUCCAUGUACUUUAGUGUUAUCAGUCUUCUAACAGUGUAGUUUUUAGCUCUAGUUAUUAUAUAAACGUGUUAUGUGUACAGACCAGACCUUUAACAAUAUACGGCUACUUAAUACAA